AUGGCUGAAUUCAGUGAACAGGACAGACGUAUACUUGCAGCCAUAAACGCUAUAGGAGAUCCAGACACAGAACGACCUCGAGAACGAGACGAAACCGAUGACUAUGAUCUCGCCAUCCCAACACUAAAACCACACAAAGAUGAUGAACGACGAGAUCCCAAAUUGAACCGUAUACUACAAGACCAGCAAACCAGACAAUCUCUGAAUGAAGGAGGUCCACAGACAGGUCCUAAGGGAGUGCUCGCCGACUACCGCUUCCACGCAAAACAGGAAAUCGCUCGACGCGCCGAACAGGCACGUCAUGACUCGUCAAGGAAUAAACAGCUGCUAUCGUCUGGCUGGAUGCAACGAACUAUAGCUAGAGAAGAGGCUGAAAAGAGGGGCGAUAUUGCUAAAGCUGAAGGCAACAACAGGAGUGAUGCUCUCGAUGACGCUGAACGACAACGAGAAGAAGAUGAAGACGCAAUCGAACUGCUUGAACGACAAGUCGAAGAUCUAGAUCUAGAAGACCCGGCAUUCUUGAAUCAGUACCGUGCUCGUCGUAUUGCUGAAAUCUCGCAACGAACUCCAGCUCGUGUACAUGGUGUAUUACGAGAAUUGGAUGAAUCAACAUAUGUAUCUGCUAUAGACAACGAGGCUAGUAAUGUCACUGUCGUCAUACACUUGUAUCAGUCUGAAGUUGAGGCUUGUCGAACCACCAAUGUCUACUUGACUCGCAUGGCUCAAAAGUAUGGGAUGGUCAAGUUUUGUAAAAUUGUGUCUACUCGUGCAGAUGAGAACUUUGAUCAGGUUGCGCUGCCUGCCUUGCUGGUUUACCGUGGUGGUGACUUGACUCAUACACUCAUAAGAAUCACAGAUGAAAUACCAGGCUGGAGAACAACUGGACGUGUAGAAUUAGAAGAUUUCGAAGAUUACUUGAUUCGUAAUCGUGUAGUCUCAGAAUCAGACAUUACAGACUUUGAUUCCAACUUGUUGACUCCUCGACGAUAUCAAGCUGACGAUGACGAUGAAGACGAGGAUGAUUUACUUGAUUAG